CCCGCCCUGUGAGCUCGUGCCCGUCCGGACACCAGCUCCGAGGCUGCCGGGGGCUCAGACGAGCCUUGGCGUGGGAGAGAGAAAGAUGGAGGCGCGGGUCGUCGGAGGGAGACUCCUGUGUCUGGUCGCGAUGUCCAGUGUCCUCUGCGUGGACACGGUCCUCGGGAAAUAUGUCAAAGGCGUCGUGGACACCAAAGAGGACUGGGUUUUCCUCACUCGUUUCUGCUUCCUCACCGACUUUGGACGUCUGGACUUCCGGUUCCGUUAUCCUAAGUCUCGCUGCUGUCAGAACAUAUUACUCUACUUUGACGACGCUUCUCAGUGGCCGGCUGUGUACAAGAGGCCUGAAAAGAACUGCUACCAGAAGGAAGCGGUGCUGAGGCCUGAGAACAACCAGGUCAUCAACCUCACCACCCGCUACACCUGGUCAGGAUGUGUGGUGGAAGGAGAAGACGACGAGGAGGUCCUGAGCUGCGUAGGCGGCCGUAGUUUUCGGUCGGUGAGGGAGAGGUGGUGGUACAUCGCUCUCAGUAAGUGCGGGGGUGAUGGCCUGCAGCUUGAAUAUGAGAUGAAACUGACCAACGGCCAGUCUUUCUGGACGCAGCACUUCUCCGCAGAUGAAUUUGGAAUCUUGGAGACAGACAUCACCUUCCUGGUCAUCUUCUCCAUGGUGUUCCUGCUCUCCUGCUACUUUGCCUACAAUUUGAAGGGGAGACAGCUUCUUCACACAACCUACAAAAUGUUUAUGACGGCGGCAGGUGUAGAGGUGCUCAGCCUGUUGUUCCACUGUGUCUACUGGGGUCUCUAUGCACGGGAUGGAGUCGGCAACGGCAGCCUGAAAAUACUCGGGAAAUUACUCUUCUCUGUCAGUUUCCUGGUGUUCCUCCUCAUGCUUAUACUGUUGGGCAAAGGUUUCACUGUCACCAGGGCGAGGAUCAGUCACAGCGGCUCGGUAAAGCUGAGCAUCUACAUGACCGUCUACACCAUCACAUACGUCAUCCUCUUCAUCUACGAGGCUGAGUUCUUCGAUCCGGGCGAGGUUCUGUACGCCUACGACAGCCCGGCCGGCUACGGGCUGAUGGGUCUGCAGCUGUUGGCCUACGUGUGGUUUUGCUACGCCGUGCUGGUCUCUCUCAAGCACUACCCCGAAAAGCAGCCCUUCUACGUCCCGUUCUUCACCACCUACACGCUAUGGUUCUUUGCCGUGCCAGUGAUGGCUCUCAUCGCCAACUUUGGCAUCCCUCGUUGGGCCCGGGAGAAGAUAGUCAACGGCAUUCAGCUUGGCAUCCACCUCUACGCUCACAUGGUCUUUCUGGUCAUAACACGACCGUCGGCAGCCAACAAGAACUUCCCAUACCAUGUGCGGACAUCCCAGAUCGGGAUCCUCCUGUCAAGUCCAAAAGGAGGCGAAGGGGUGGAGAGCUUUCCUCACCAUGCCUACGGGAAUGGAUCCUUCCUGGGAGACUCCCAACCCAACUUCACCGAGCUCUUCUCCAUCCAAUCAGAUCCCGUAAAGACAGUGGAGGAAACCGUCGCCCGGAAAGUCCCAGAGGUGCCGAGGAACAGCGAGCAGAAGAUCAUCACCACCACUGCCGCAGCCGACCUCGCGGCCAUUUUGCCCCCACCACCGCCACCCAUCCCACCUCGCCCGGCUGCACGUUCACCUCCGCUACCCGUCCGACUCCCGUCCUUCACCGAGUACUUCAGCAUGCAGAGUGGAGGAGGAGGAGCGUUCGGAUCCAAGGCGUGAGAUGGCACCAAGCAAGAUGGAGGAAGGAGGUCAAGAUGGUGUGAGUAUAAAAUAAAAGACACAAGAGAAGGACAAAGACGGGAAAUUAUCCUUAAGGAGCACAUGAAAUAUCCCGAUUGAUGGAUGGAAGAAGCAAUAAAUAUUUGACCAUUAGAGGGAGACAGAUGACCAAGUGGAUGGUCGCAGGAAUAGAAUGAUAGCCAAGCAUAGCAUUGGGGGGGGAGAA